AUGUUUAGAGCACUUCUAAGAACCAAUCUGAGAGCAUAUUCGACACCAGCGAAAAAAUUCGUUGUAAGACAACCUCAGAAGUCUCGAAAUUGGCUACUAUGGGCGACUUUUGGCACAAGUUUUGGACUCGGAUGGUUUGUCACACAGCAUAUGACAUUUGCAGAUGUAGUGGCCAAAUACAUGUACGAUGAUGUUCCUGAGAAUGACGAGGGUCUCAUGAAAUAUAAAGCACAGUUGCAGAGCCGGCUGGAACAUUUGAACGUUGUUAAGCAAUUGAAGCAAGUGGGAUACACGGAAGUUUUCUCCGAAAGACAAAAGACCAAUACACUGAUAGACCGAACUUUGAGAGUACCGGGAGGCAUUGCUAUAUCGCCUCGGUUUUUCUACAACCCGGAAACUAAGCAAACAGUUGGCAUAUAUCACUUGGGAAUGAAACUCACAGGAUAUCCAUUUUUGGUGCAUGGCGGGGUUCUGGCCACAGUAAUGGAGGAUUUGAUGCGAGAAUCAGUCACUUUUGCAAAGGGUGCACGCUCUGAGAAAACCCAAGAUCUCACACUCAAUUACAAGUUCCCAACUUUUGCCAACCAAUUUGUGAUAGUACGAGUCACCAAAGUGGAGGAAAAUGGCAAGAACUUGAAACUACACGCAGAGCUCAUGGAUCAGAGUGGUGACCGUACUUUGGUUAAGGGGACCGGUCGGUUCUCGACUUGA